AUGGUACCCUGGCAUACCGAGUCCAAGAAUGACUUGCUUUGGUUACGCGGGUACGCUGGUGUUGGAAAGUCAGUGAUCACCAAGUACUUGAUAACCGAUGUCUUCAAAGCUCCAUAUGUCAGAUCGAAAACUCAAGCCUCCGUUGGAGCAGAAACAGAUUCAGAACAUGGUCUCUUCCUGGCGUAUUUCUUUUGCAGUGAGCGCAAUCGACAUUUGCAAUCGGAGAGCAACCUGCUGAAAGCUAUUUUGCACCAGCUUCUAAAGGCGAGCCCCCGGGAAGUUUCCAAAGCCAUGCAAGGCUUUCGACAACAACGACAAUCAAGGUUGGAUUACUCUUUUCUAUCAAGCCCGAACCUUUUAUGGGAAGCCGUCAAAUCUGCUCUACUGGCAACAACCUGGGGGACCACCUAUUUUGUAUUUGACGGUCUUGACGAGAUGCUCGACCAAGACUUGAGGGCAUUUUCUACCGGUCUGAAAUCCCUGAUAGAAAAUGUGGUACCUCAAAUUGAACCGCGCAACCUCAAAAUACUGGUCACCAGCCGUCCCACUGCGAGCCUGGAGACAAGUCUGUCUUGUCCCUCGAUUUCAAUCCGCAGCGAAAGAGAUGUCAGACACUUCGUUCAAGGCAGCACUACUGAACUGGCGCAAAGGUAUACACUUUCUACCCAGUUGCAGUAUGAAAUUGUGGAACGCAUCACCGAAAAAGCCCGAGGGAUGUUUCUGUGGGCUGUGCUUGCAUGGUACGAGUUAUGCCGGGAUGCCAGACGGCCCGAAGAUUUUGCUAUGAAUCUGUCUCAGCUGCAAAAACUUCCUUCAUCACUCGAGAUGCUAUAUGAGGAUAUCCUCAAUCGACUGUCUCCCACCUCUCGUUCGUUGGCUUUGAAAGCCUUCCCGUGGCUCACUUUGUAA